AUGACCUCGCAGAUGGAAGCAUCGGCUGUUCCUGCACGGUCGGGAUCUCCUACCGGCUCGCCUCGCGGACCCUCGACCACCUCCCUGCAAGCGGCUGCCACAGUCAACGCCGGCCUCAACAGAGAGCUCUCUCCACGCUCGUCGACGGGCUCCCUUACCCGCACUCAUCGAUCGUCGUCUAAUGCGGGCAGGCGUCGAUCCAACGUCUUGAUGAACCUGCAGCUCAACGACCCGACCGUCCCCGGCCCCGGCGAGAUGGUCUCGGAGCAUGGCAUCCCGCAGCACCACCGCGCCCCGAGCCUCGGAGAGCUGCACCAGGAGCUCGAGGCCGAGCAGGAGGCUCAUGUUAACCGGCUGCUGCAGAUGAUUCGCCAGCAGCAGCUCGAGCUUCAGCGGCUCCAAGCCAGCAACCCCAACAACAGCCACGGCGCGUCCGGCGAAGACAGUAGUGCCGUCUCUGAUCGGCCUGCGCCCCCUGUUUCGCAGGGUCCCGUUCCGUCUCCGCUUGUUGGCUCGUACCCUCGCUCGCCCGUGUUCCAUCACCGGCCGUCUCUGGACAUGGCCCGCGCCGACCUCCAUCGCCGCUCGAGGACACCUAGUCGUGGCGCGUCGCCGAGGCUGCGAUCCACGUCCAUCAGCGCCGAGAGCGGCGACUGGGCCCUGGGUGGCCGUGACGAGAGCGCCUUUUACCAGGCAGAGGCGCAGAUGCUCACGAGAGAGAACCAGAUGCUCAAGCAUCGUGUACACGAACUACAAAAGCAACUCAGUGAGCUUUCGGCCAGCCAGGGAUCAAACGAGCCACCGACACCAUCAAGUCUCUGUCGCUCAAGUUCAACGGCCGGUCCCGCCGCCGAAUCUGCCGAAGCCGACGCACAUGUCAUUGGCGGCGGCGUCGUCGGCAUCGCCGUCGCACGGCAGCUCGCGCGGCGCUCCUCCGGGUCGACGGUGCUCAUUGAGCGGCACACGGCGCUCGGCACCGAGACCAGCUCGCGCAACAGCGAGGUCAUCCACGCGGGCCUCUACUACGGCGCCGACAGCCUCAAGGCGCGGCUGUGCGUCCGCGGCAAGCACCUGCUCUACGACCUCUGCGCGCGGCACGGCGUCGGCCACCGCCGCACCGGGAAAUGGAUCGUCGCGCAGACGGCCGCGCAGCGCGCCGCCCUCGAGCGCUUCCACGCCGUCUGCCGCGACACGCUGGAUGUUCCGACGCGCUGGGUGUCGGCCGCCGAGGUUGCGCGCGACGGCGAGGGCGUGGUGGCGGCCGCGGGCGCGCUGGAGAGCCCGACGACGGGCAUCGUCGACUCGCACGGGCUGAUGACGUGUCUAGCGGGCCUGUUUGAGCAAGACGGCGGCAUCGUCGCGCUCAACUCUCCCGUCGUCGGCGUGCGUCCGAAAGACGGCGGCUGGGCGGUGGACGUGCAGGACGCCGCCACGGGCGAGACGUCGACCAUUACGGCCGACACCAUCGUCAACGCCGCAGGUCUCGGCGCCGCACACAUCCACAACAUGAUUAUCGGCGCCGCCGACGCCUCACCUGAACGGCAGCUCACGCUGCACUACGCCAAGGGUAGCUAUUUUUCCUACGCCGCGUCGCGGCCCCGCGUCUCGCGCCUCAUCUACCCCGUACCGGAGCCCGGCCUCGGCGGCCUCGGCACCCAUCUGACGCUCGAUCUCGGCGGCCGCAUGCGCUUCGGGCCCGACGUGGAAUGGGUCAGCGACCCCACGGACCUGGCGGCGCUGAGCGCGUCCACGCCCCGCGGUGCCGCGCGCCUGCGGGAAGCGGUCGCCGAGAUUCGCAAGUACCUGCCGGGCGUGGAUCCGACGGCGCUGGCGCCCGACUAUGCCGGCAUGCGGCCAAAGUUAAAGGGCCCGGAGCACGCGGGCUUUGUCGACUUUGUGGUGCGCGAGGAAGAGGGCUUCCGAGGCUGGGUCAAUCUGCUGGGGAUUGAGAGCCCUGGGCUGACGAGCGCGUUGGCGAUCGCGGAGAGGGUCGAGGAGCUGCUCUACGGUAACAACGCGUGCGAGGCUUGA